UCAGUUUUCAAACGCAACUCCUCUUUUCCCUAUUGAUUUCGCGCGCUAUCCAUUACUGGAUGGGUGGUUUAAAGCUCAGCGGCGGAACAGAACCUCGACGGACAAAUCCAUUCAAUCCCAUGCAUGUAUGAAGAGACUAAGACUUGCCAACACUCAUUUCUCUCGAAUCAAAACUCUCAUCUUCCAAAACUCUUAUCCGCAAGCUCUCAAAUCCUCACUCACUCUCUCUUCUUCCUCUCAUCUCCUUACUGAUCAAAUCUACGCGCUCUUCAUCAAAUCUGGCAACAUUCUGGACUCAUACCUUUCUACCGCUCUCAUUUCUCAUUUCUCUAAACUUAAUGACCUCUCUCGAGCUUUCACUUUCCUUUUAGACACCUAUAACCCAGAUAUCAUCACCUAUAACACCCUCAUUUCUGGGUUUGCCCGGUGUAGCCAGCCUGGGCCUGUUUUUGAGCUUUUUAAUGAUUUGAGGCAUCUGGGUUUGGUUCCUGAUGAGUUUACUUUUAGUUCGUUGAUCAAAGGGUGUUGCAGUUUGGGAGAGAAUUGGGUUGCACAUGGGGUUUGUUUGAGGCUGGGAUUUGAGUCUAGGGCGUUUAUUGUUAGUGGGUUGAUCGAGAAUUAUACGAAAAACGGGGAUGUGGGGUCUGCUGAGAGGUGUUUUAAGGAGUGUUUUUGUGUGGAUAAUGUGGUUUACACGGCCAUGGUUUGUGGUUAUGUGUGGAACGGAGAGUUUGAAAAGGGAAAAGAGGUUUUUGUUGAAAUGAGGGGUUUAGGAUUUGAGUUGAAUGAGUUUAGCAUAACUGGGGUAAUUGGUGCUGUAUUUGAUAUUAAAGAAGGGGAACAGAUUCAUGGGUUUGCUAUCAAAAUGGGACUUUUGUAUGGUUGUUCAUUGCAUUUGAAUAAUGCUGUUAUGAGUAUGUACUCCAGGUGUGGAAGUAAAGCCGAUGCUAUUAAGAUGUUUGAUGAAAUUCCUGAGCCAGAUGUUGUUUCUUGGACUGAGAGGAUAGGAGCUGCUUGCGAUGGUGAGAAAUCUUUGGAAUAUUUUAGAGUUUUGCAUUCUAUGGGUUCAGAUAUUAAUGAAUACACUUUGAUCAAUGUCAUUUCUGCCAUUGGAAGAGUGAAGUUCUUGAAAGCAGCUAAGCAAAUUCAAGCACUUUGUCAUAAGACAGGAUAUUUGCAGGUGGUUUCUGUUGGCAAUGCAUUGGUGUCCAUGUUCGGCAAGUCUGGGCAUUUGCAUGACGCUAGGCUUAUUUUUUACAAUAUGAGUCAUCGAGAUUCUGUUUCUUGGAAUUCUAUGAUAUCUGCGUGUUCUGAGAAUGGAUUUGUUAACGAGGCUCUGGAGGUGUUCUCACAUAUGUGUGAUAUUGCACUACAACCCACCAUCUACACUCUCAUUAGCAUUCUUGAAGCAGUUUCCAACUUGAAAUGUACAAAGCGGGCAAUGCAAAUCCAUUCACAUGCAAUUAAAUGUGGAUUCAUGGUAGACGAUUCCUUGGCAUCUAGCUUGAUAAUAACAUAUGGGCGAUGCAACAAUAUGGAUGAAUCGAAAAAGGUGUUCAGUGAGAUUAAUGAGGUAAACUUGGUACAUAUAAAAGCAAUGAUGACAAUUUUGGUAAACAGUGGGCGUUAUGCUGAUGCUUUGAAUUUCUUCUUGACCUUAUGGAGAUCAUGCCUUGAAGUAGAUGGCAAAACUUUUGGUAUUGUCUUUAAAGCUUGUGGUGCUAUGACAGAUAUAGAACAGGGGAGAACAAUUCAUUCCCUAUCACUAAAAUAUGGAUUUGAUCAGGAUAGCUUUGUUGAAAGUGCUCUUAUUGACCUCUACUGUAAGUGUGGAAACAUAGGAGAUGCAGAGAAAAUAUUCAAGAGUAUGUCUACAGACAAUUUAGCUGGCUGGAAUGCCAUGGUAAUGGGUUAUGCUCAACACGGUUGUUGUCGAAAAGCUUUCAAGAUUUUUUACGAGAUGUCUGAAUUUGGAGUUGAGCCUGAUGAAAUAACUUAUCUCGGUGUUCUUACUUCAUGCUGCCAUGCAGGGCUAGUGAAGGAAGCUCGUUAUUACUUCAAAUCUAUGUUUGAACUUCACAGAAUUGUCCCAUCUUUAGAACAUUAUGCAUGCAUGGUUGAUCUGCUUGGUCGAGUAGGACUUUUGGAAGAUGCAAAGGAGAUCAUAGAUCAUAUGCCUAUUCAACCUGAUGUUCAUUUAUGGCAAAUUCUUCUAUCAGCCUGCAACAUGCACAGACAUGUUGAGCUGGGCAGAGUUGCAGCUAGUAAACUUCUCGAGCUGCAACCUGAAAAUGGAUCUACUUAUAUUCUUCUUUCAAACCUGUAUGCUUCUGUGGGCAUGUGGGAUGCUGUUGGAAAAUUGAGAAAAGAGAUGAAGGAAAAAGUAUUACACAAAGAACCUGGUUCUAGUUGGAUUCAAGUGGGAGGAACAAUCCAUAACUUUUUGGUCGAUGACAUCUCACAUCCUCAAAAAAAAGAAGUUUACAUGGAGUUGAUGAGGCUGUAUGAGCAAAUGUUAACUUUGCCAGAGUUGGAACAAGAUAGUCUUUUCCAAUGAAUCUAUGCUUUGUGAAGCUCAGAACUUUUCUUAAUUUCUAUAAAAUCCAACAGAUGUCCGUCAUUUUGCUUUUUACAACAGAUGUCUAUCAGUUUGUCUUAUCAAGUUGUUUAUUGCCUGUAUUUCAAACGAGAAUUUAAUGACUAGAUUCAAUGAAAAAGUUAGAGAUUCCUCCAUAAACCUUCUGGUUGAAACCAUCUGUAAUCUAUGCAGAAUGCAUUUGUAAUUAAAUGAAUGAAACUGUGUUACACUUGCUGUGGAUGCACGUGGGAGUUAACUGCAGGAAAAUGUCAACCACAUUUGCUUUUAAUUGUAGAUAAUGCAUAUUAUGAUCUUUAUCAAGGGAAAUUUUGUAUUAAAAAUGAAAAAGGGAAAAAAAAAGAUGAGAAACAAAACACUAAAUACAUUAAGAAAAUUUAAUGAUGAUACAAUGUCUAAUAAUGCCUUAACAUUAUUAUCUUUCCCUCAAGUAGGGUUUCCUAUGGGAAUGAUGGCGAUGUGCAGAGGCUCUGGAUAGAACGGAAACAAUGGAGUGAAAAGCAUUUGCUGCUAUCUUUGAUUUUAUCUGCCCUCGCCUUGGAAGUGGCCUUGUGCCCCUCACGUUCUUGCGGAAUGGGGCUGCAGGAGUGUCACUGACUUUGUUGUUCAUGAUGUCAAUCAAC